UCCGAGAGCAUCGUUCACAAGUGUUGCGCGAUCCCUGACUUCCAUCAGGGCAGAGUUACAGGUCCUUUGCCGGCGCGGGGAGGGGGCAGUCCAACAGAAUCCGCCCAGCAGAGGAGGAAGCCACCACACACUGCCAGCCGAAAGGAUGUCUCAGUCCUGAAGAUGACAGAGCACAAAGGCACCCUCCAAUGACAGGGGUGCCACCUCCGACUGGUGGCUCCCUGUUGAUCUGAAGGAACUUGUCCACCGUCGUUCCUGAAAACCGCUUUCUCUCCUAAUUCAUGAGCCAGCAGGAUGCGGUCGCCGCGCUUUCAGAACGCCUUCUCAUAGCUGCGUACAAAGGCCAAGCAGAGAAUGUGGUUCAGCUCAUCAACAAGGGCGCCAAGGUAGCGGUUACCAAGCAUGGCCGGACCCCCCUGCAUCUUGCUGCCAAUAAGGGCCAUCUCUCUGUGGUCCAGAUCUUGCUGAAGGCUGGCUGUGACCUCGAUGUCCAGGAUGACGGGGACCAGACAGCCCUGCACCGGGCUACGGUGGUGGGGAACACGGAGGUCAUUGCAGCGCUCAUUCAGGAGGGCUGUGCCCUGGACCGGCAGGACAAGGAUGGGAAUACGGCCCUGCAUGAAGCGUCCUGGCACGGGUUCAGCCAGUCGGCUAAGCUGCUCGUUAAGGCUGGAGCCAAUGUGCUGGCCAGGAACAAGGCCGGGAACACCGCUCUGCACCUGGCCUGCCAGAACAGCCACUCCCAGAGCACACGUGUCCUCCUGCUGGGCGGCUCCCGCGCAGACCUCAAGAACAACGCAGGCGACACCUGUUUGCACGUUGCUGCACGCUAUAAUCACUUGUCCAUCAUUAGGCUCCUCCUCAGUGCUUUCUGUUCUGUCCAUGAAAAGAACCAGGCGGGAGACACCGCACUCCACAUUGCCGCGGCUCUAAAUCACAAGAAGGUGAUUAAGAUCUUACUGGAAGCUGGAGCGGACGGGACCAUUGUCAAUAAUGCAGGCCAGACUCCACUGGAGACAGCCCGCUGUCACAAUAAUCCAGAAGUCGCCCUUCUUCUCACUAAAGCGCCCCAGGUUUUGCGUUUCACUCGCGGGCGAAGCCUGAGGAAAAAGAGAGAGAGGCUCAAGGAAGAGAGGAGAGCGCAGUCUGUGCCAAGAGAUGAGGUGGCACAAAGCAAGGGCAGUGUCUCCGCGGGAGACACCCCCAGCAGUGAGCAGCAGGCUGUGCCCGGGAAAGAAGAGGCCAGAGAAGACUUCCUGUCCGCCUCCCCCGAGCCCAGGGCAAAGGACAGCGGGAGGAGAAAGUCAAGGCCCAAGGUGCCAGCCUUUUCAGACCCUACGCCACCAGCAGACCAACAGCCUGGGCCCCAGAAGGAUGCACACGCUCACGGCCACCCUAAAAAGAGGAGCCGGCAUCGGUGUUCAUCCCCACCCCCUCCCCACGAGUUCCGAGCCUACCAGCUCUACACCCUGUACCGGGGCAAGGAUGGGAAAGUCAUGCAGGCGCCUAUAAAUGGCUGUCGAUGUGAACCUCUCAUCAACAAGCUGGAGAACCAGUUGGAGGCAACUGUAGAGGAGAUCAAAGCUGAGCUGGGGUCUGUCCAGGAUAAAAUGAAUAUAAAGCUGGGGCAUAUGGAGACUAAGACCCAGCACCAGAUGCGUGUGCUGGACAAGCUGAUGGUCGAGCGACUCUCCGCCGAGAGAACCGAGUGUCUGAGUCGCCUGCAACAGCACUCGGACGCGGAGCGGCACGAGGGAGAGAAGCGGCAGAUGUCGUUGGUGGAGGAAUUAAAGACUUGGUGCAUGUUAAAGAUUCAAAAUCUGGAGCUGAAGCUUUCUGGAGAGUCAAGAGCCUCCAGGACGAAGUCCACACCAUCUACUUGCGAAUCGUCUACAGGUGCGGAUCCAUCGGUGGUGACUGCGGGUCCGGUAGCCACAUCCGACGGCUCCCCUCAGGUGGUCAGGCCCAAAGAGAAGGCCCCGGGCUCCACGGCCGCCCACAGCCUCCAGCAGGAGCUGGCUUCCUCCGACUGUGCAGGUUCGAGACUCAGGAGCGUCAGGGUCCGGACAGCCUCGCAUGCGGCAGUCACCGGUGAUCAGCAGCAGGCUGGGCCCUGCGUCAACAGAAGCACCCAAACCAAGAAGUCUGGGAAAAGUGGGCAGGCGAGGCCCCGAGGCCAGCCAUCAGCAUCCAGAACGAGCUGUGGGGCGGCGGGUGGCGAGCAGACAGCCCCGCAGGGCCGAGACACCUCCCAGGCCCUGGAGCUGACACAGUACUUUUUUGAGGCUGUUUCUACCCAGAUGGAAAAGUGGUAUGAAAGGAAGAUUGAAGAAGCACGGAGCCAAGCCAAUCAAAAAGCCCAGCAAGACAAGGCCACCCUGCAGGAGCACAUCAAAAGCUUAGAAGAGGAACUUGCUAAACUAAGGACUAAGGUGCAGAAAGAAAAUUAGGACCAAGGACGUGGCACAAGAACGGUCUCUUGAGAUGAGGUUUCGCAACUGCGGAGAGCCUGGGCCCCAGGGGCCCGCUGUGUGCAGAGAGCAGACUGGCCUUGGAAAGCAUGUCUCCGUCUGAAACGUGUCAGACACACGUCUCCAUGCCCCGGAGCUAGGAAGACGUCAACAAUUAAGCUGGAACCAGGGGCCGCUUGCCUCGUUUCAGGUUUACCUGCUCCAAACCGGAAGCAGCCAUGUUCAUCUGGAGUUCAAAAGCUCAGAUCAAGGGAGCCGAAUGAUGGGAAAGCCUACACCCUGAAAGUCAGGAUUGUAUGAGACAAUACAAACCCACAAACAAGGACAGAAAGCAACCCCUUGUGGACGUGCACCAGUCAUUCAGAUACACACACCUGCCGUGCCUAGACAGGAAGGUCUCUCUCAAAGCGCCGUCACUUACAAGAUGCACUAAACCCUUUCUCUGAGAUUCCAAAAUAAUGCCAGUGUAACCAGGUGGGAUUUUCACGUCACAAGAUUCAGUGUAUUUCAAAAUGUGAAAAUCAGAAUAUAUAUACAAUAAGUAAUAUUUGGCCAAUCGCACUAUUCCUGAGCUCAAAUGAAAGCUUCCCAUUGUCUGAUCAUGGUCUCUGCAUGUUGAGCUCAGAAAUUUUGAAAAACCGUUAGCAAUUUUUUAAACAGAUAAAAGGAAAAACUACACACCUAACAAUUACCUGAAAGUUCAGUUAAAAAAAAAAUCAAGCCCAGAGAUUGCAGAAUACCUUGCUAUAUUUGAGCUUAUUGGUCUAAAUUUCAUAAAUAGGUUCUUUGUUAAAAAAUACUUCGUUUUGAACCGAGUUCCUGGAAGAACCUCAGAAGCUGUCCUCUGCUUUACAGUGAUUGUUAGGCUACCAAAGGCAGUGUCGUGGUUUAGGACAGUGACCCAGUUUAGGGAGUCCUGGUGGCUUGGUGGUUAUGAACUGGGCUGCUAACCACAAGAUGGGCAGUUUGAAACCACCAGCAGCUCCUCGGGAUAAAGACGAGAGAGGGAGAAAAGUUAGUGCUGGAAAUCUACAGCGGCAGCUCCAUCCUGCUCUAUCGGGUCGUUAGGAAUCACGUGAGUUUGGUUGGUUGGCUACCCAGUAAAGGAUCCUCGAGGGCACAGGGUUUACUCAUUGGGCUGCUACCCUUGAGGUCAGCAGUUUAAAACCACAAGUUGCUCCUCAGGAAAAAGAUGAGGCUCUGCUCCGGCUUUACCGCCUCGGAGACUGCCAGGGGCAGCUCUGCCCUGCCUUACGGCGGGAUCGGUAGGAGUCCAUCAGCUGGAUGGCAGUUUGGAGUGGUUUGGUUCCUCCGUGACAUGGCACUGUAAGGAUUAAACUUCUUGUCCUUUGGAAUAUUGUAUUCCUCUCCUCAGAAUUCCCUGUAUGCAUGGAAAUGUCAAUUCCGUUUUUAUAAACACCAGUCGGCCAAGUCACAACUGAUACUUGUGUGAAUAAAAUAUUGCUCACAGAGCCAGAGGGAGCAUGUCAUGGGGCACCGAGUAAAACAGAGUAGGCUUUUAACCCACCCCCACCUUUUUUGCCAAUCAGGUUCUUAUUUUUUAUUUUGGAUAGCCACCACUGCCGGACAGAGAACCUGCUGGUGGUAAAAGUGAUUCAGCCCUGUCGGCUCAGUGAUGCCACGGGGCAACGCCCUGCAGGGUUUGUGGAACUGUAACCUGCCAGACACGGAGCUGUUGGGUGGAUUUGAGCCACCGGCCUUCGAGUUAGCAGGCAAGUGCUGAACCCUCGUGCUGGCAGGUCUCCUGUGUGAACGCCACCGAACCUGAUUUGGGGAAUUAAUCCCAUGCUCGCGCCGCCGAGUGUAUUUUCAUGCUUGCCACCCUGUCUUGUCCCUACCGUCUGCCAGCCCCUCCUCAGUUGGCCACACCAAAGGCACUUUAUUCCCAACUCAUUACUCGUUUUAAUGCAGAAUCAAGAUUUUGGAUGGUACCUUUCUAAACCCACCCCGACAAGCUAGCAUCUAACCUCUUUGGAGGCCUUCUACAGAAAUAUCAGGAACUGCCUGAUCCUCAAAGAAAACACGAGUGCUUGAGUGGGCCACUGAUCAAACUGUGCCUGUCACCUUAAGGGAUGUGUGUCCUUCAGGUGUCGACUACUGAAAUGAAACGGAGCUUUGACUCUGCUCAUAGACUACUGAGUACUCCUUGUAGGAGUACUGUGAUUCUCAGCUUCCUGACCCUGGGCAGCAGGCAGCUUGUCACUGUGAACUGGAUUUUUCUUUUGGUCAAAGGUCACAGGGAAGGAAUUGUCCAGGGAGGAAUGAGAAAAGUCCAGUGGACCUAGUGUGGCACAUUGUGUGGCUCUUGUCCUUGGUAAUCUUCCUAGGUGGAGGAGGGAGAGGAAAUAGAUCAGGGCCAGCCCUGCUUUCACCCCAAAGGAAACAAAAGCUUCCCAAGACUCGAUGCAAUCGCUUGAUGCUUGCCACAGGUGUGCUUCCUGUGUUGUUUCUUGGCAUUGUCAAAAUCGGAACCCUAAGCCCAGCGUGUAUUUUUCCCUCUUUUAUAUUCUCGUGCUGCUUGUUCAAAUGAGCAGAUGCCACAACUGUACAUUUCCUUGGGAAUGCAGCUGUUAGCCAGGUGGAAGUUGUCAUGUGGGCUGUGCCUCACGCGGGCUGGAACGUGUGAUAGCAGGGCGGGAACAAGUGGUGUAGAACGCAGAAAACGUGUCACAUUGCAAGGCUUUCAGAGUGUUCGUCAGUGCACACUUGCAUCACAGAGCCAACAUGUGACAGGCUGAAUAAUUAUGAAUUCAUCACCUUUUACUUUGGUAGCCCACGAGAAAGCAAUGUUCUCGUGCUUAUACUUUCUCUUUGGAGUAAAAUGUUAAUAUCCACGAGGGCCUGUUAUUUGUCUAUUUUACUUAUUGUCACCUUGAAUUUGUCUCAUUCAAGCUUGAAUUGUAUCUCAUUCAAGCACCAAAAACUGCUCUCACUACUACAGAUGUUAAAACCUCCUUAUUUAGCAAAUGCUGAGUUGAGAAUGUUUCGUUCAGCCUACAUUUUCAUUUGUGUUGUUGACCAAAGCGACAAUUCCUCAGAGUGCCUUCACCCAGCCAUUCUUCGCCCGUGUCUGUGAAAGUGUGAACUCCAACUGCUUUACAGUAGAAACUGGGGCACUGCAUGAAAACCAAACCAAAACGCUGCUCCAACCUGGCCAGGCCUCUCGGCGCACCCUGCAACGGGCUUUGUUCAAGCUGGUGACCACUUGGGAACUACUGAGCCAUCGGACAGAGAGAACAUCAUUUGUAAUAGCUAGACACUAUGCAAGCUCAGUUAAUGCUGUUACUUUGACGAAUCAAGCCAAAGUUCCUAAAAGGUAAAUACAUUUCUUCUUGUAAAGCGUGGAUUGUAGAAGCCAAUCAAUCAAAUAAAACUUAAAAAGACAAAACCA